GCUUCCAGUAUGCUGGGAGUCGUGAAAAUGGAAGGACACGAACACGCGGAGUGGAGCAACUACUAUGGCGAGCCGGAGGGCUACCCGUCCAUGAACGCCGGCCUGGGCAUGAACAGCUACAUGGGCAUGGCCGGCAUGGGCCCGGCGGGCAACAUGGCCACGGUGGCGCCGGGCGGCUCCAUGGGCAUGCCCUACUCGGCCGGCCCGGCGGGCAUGAGCCUCUCGCCGGGCGCCGGGGCCAUGGCCGGCAUGGCGGCCCACCUCAGCCCCAGCCUGAGCCCGCUGGGGGGCCAGGCGGGCGCCAUGGGGGGCGCGCUGGGCGCCUACUCGGCCCUGAGCCCCGUGGGGGGCGGCGGCGGCGGCGGCGCCUACGGGCCGGCGGCGGCGCUGGGCCGCUCGCGGGACGCCAAGAGCUACCGGCGCAGCUACACGCACGCCAAGCCGCCCUACUCGUACAUCUCGCUCAUCACCAUGGCCAUCCAGCAGUCGCCCAACAAGAUGCUGACGCUCAGCGAGAUCUACCAGUGGAUCAUGGACCUCUUCCCCUUCUACCGGCAGAACCAGCAGCGCUGGCAGAACUCCAUCCGCCACUCGCUCUCCUUCAACGACUGCUUCCUCAAGGUGCCCCGCUCGCCCGACAAGCCCGGCAAGGGCUCCUUCUGGACGCUGCACCCCGACUCGGGCAACAUGUUCGAGAACGGCUGCUACCUGCGCCGCCAGAAGCGCUUCAAGUGCGACAAGCCGCCCGGGCCCAAGCCCCCGCCGCCCCCGCCGCCCGGCGCCUCGCCCGCCGCCCCGUCGGGCCAGGGCAAGAAGGCGCCCCCCGCCCAGCAGCAGCAGCCCCCGCCGCCCCCCGAGCGCGACCUGCCCAACGGCCGCGCCGAGUCGCCCCACGCCGGCGCCUCGCCCUGCCGCGAGCACAAGCGCGCCCUGGCCGACCUGAAGGGCCCCCCCGAGCCCGCCCCCUCGCCGGCCCAGCAGCAGCAGCAGCACCUGCUGGCCCAGCACCACCACGCCCACGCCGGACUGGCCCACGAGGCCCACCUCAAGGCCGAGCACCACUACGCCUUCAACCACCCCUUCUCCAUCACCAACCUGAUGUCCUCCCCGGAGCAGCACCCGCAGCACCACCCCCACGCCCACGCCCACCCGCACGCCCACCCCCACCACAAAAUGGACCUCAAGGCCUACGAGCAGGUGAUGCACUACGCCGGCGGCGGCUACGGCUCCCCCGUGCCCGGCGGCCUGGCCAUGGGCUCGGUGACGAACAAAGGCGCCCUCGAGGCCGGAGACCCGUCCUAUUACCAAGGGGUCUACUCGCGGCCCAUCAUGAACUCCUCCUAG